AUGAAAUCAUUCCUCUUCAUCUGGCUCCUCCCAACUGCCACCCUGGCAGCAGCGAUGCCCCAUUCUCUACGGGACGUGUGCGCCGGGCUACCCACCAGCGGACUUCUCAGCGCCGCCACGAACCUACUCUGCGAGAAAAUCACUCUGACCAAUGAAGGGUGCUCGGUGAACGUGAAGUUCCCCUGGAACCUGCCCAAGAGCUCCUUCACCCUCGAUGAUGAUACCUCGAAGACCUUCCUCGCUCAGCGGGGCCAGACGCUGCAGCUAGACGCCCAGCCUAAAGCAGAUCACUCAGCCGCUGUCUGGACUGGCACGAGUGAUGAUGGAAAGAAUCCUACCACGUACAAGGUACCCCUCACGGGCGACCUCCCGGAUAUCAAGGUCUCUUGUCCGGAGAUCUGCGUGGCUACAAACAAACCUUGUAAUAUCAAUGAUCCCGCAAUGUGUUGUACCCGGACCUGCGGGGUUAAGCCUGAUAUUGGGCCUUGGUACUACUGUUAUUAG